AUGAGUUCCGGCAAUGUUUGUGUUUGUUCUUCACAAUCAUCGUUUUGUUCCUCCAACGUUUGUCUCCAUCUGUCACUCCACUGUUGUUGCCCCUUUCCCUGUUCAACUGAAACUAAACCCACAAAGAAGAGGAAACGUGUUCAUCAAGAAACUCUUCAUGUUUCAAGAAAGAACAAGACUUGGGGUUAUUCAACUGAUUUGAUGCUCUAUGAUGAUCCUUGGAAGAUAAAGAAAGUUUUGGAACAAAGUGAUGUUGGUCCAUUGAGUAGACUCAUGUUGAAUAGCGAUUUGGUCAAACAUUUUGUGCUUCCUGUUUUGUGUGCUGAUCUUGAAAACACAGAUGAUGUUGUUUGGAAAGUUGAGAACACUAAAGGUGUUCCAGUCAAGAUUUGGGAUCUUGACACCAAAUCCUUCCACUUUCUCAAUUUCCACAGAUAUAAUAAUUCAACCAAAAGUUACAUUUUCAAUGGCAGUUGGAUCCCUGAGUUUGUCUCUAGAAGGCACCUACACAAAGGGGAUGAAAUUGGUCUUCAUUGGGAUCCAUAUAGACAAUGUUUCGAUUUCUCUGUUCUUCGUGCCGCCAAUUAAUCCCUUCAUCUCUUCUACAUUAGCUGCCAUUAUUCACUUUUCUCAUUGUUAUUAGUUUUCUGUUUUUUGAGGGGUUUCUUUUUUUAUUCUUUCAUUUAUUUGUAAACAUCAAAGAUCUGUUUUGAUGUUUUUAAUUACAAACAUAAUUACACCACAACCCCUCUUAGGUUCUAACUUCAUUUGUUUGUAUUAAUACUUACUAUUACAUUACAAUAUUAGUAACACUUGUCUUCAUUGCUCCAUAAUCUGCUUCUUGAGGUCUUGCAACACUGUGUCUUGUUCUUUAGCUCAUGUCUUGUUAUUUAAUUAAUACUUACAAUUUUGUUUUUACUUUUCAUCUUUUAUACCACAACAUCAUCAGAUAAGAUAAUAAUUAAAUAAAUCACAAACGCUCAUGCUCACUUUUAAAUUAUUAUUAUCUUUCUCUUAAUUUGAUUUAUCUCAAAUUUAUUUUCUUCCAUUUUAAACGACGUCAACUCUUAUAUUUUACUCAAUUUUUGACUAAAGUAAUUAUACUUUUUCUUUCAAAAAGGUAGAGGAUCCAAAUUCUUAAAAAAAAAAGUGAAUCAUAGAUUUAAGAAUAGGAGAUCUAAAAUUUUAUUUCAAUUAAAAGAGAAACCAACAAUACAUUUAAAUCUUGAUCUUUUAAACUCAAUCGUGAAUUUUUAUCAAUAGUUGAUACUUUUACUCUAUACAAGAAUCAUUCUCACUAAUAUCCCCGUCUGUAUGACUAUUUAUAUAUAUGAAUCAUUUUCAAACAGUAUCGAAUGUUUUAUGUCAAUAUUUUUCAAAUUGCAUACUAAACUUACUAUUGCUGCCCUGCAUGUGUCCUUCAUAGUAUUGGAUAGUAGUAUUGUUAAUUUUAUGUCUUUAUGUUUGGAUCAUUUACAUCUUCAAAAAGUGCAACCUAUGUCAGAAAAAAUAAUGUUCAUUACAUCAACUUGGUUGGAAGCUCCAGAAGUUUACCUCCAGAGGUAUAUAUAUUACACUUAAUGUUCUAUAAGGUAAAACGUCUUAGAUAUCAAGGUUCUUCUUCUAAACAAAAUAUCUGCCAACAAAGUUUGCAAACUGAGGAGAAAGAUUUAAUCCUUAAAAGCUAACCUUACUAACACGAGAACAAUAUCCUCGGUCAAAAGAAAGGAAAAAUAAUGAGUUUUUCUUACCUCAAUCCAAGCACCAAAAGCACACAAGCUUCGCCAGCGAUUCCUCACCUUUUCUCUCUUUGGAGUGUUCACAAAAUAUCAUUCCAAAUUCAAUGCUUUUCUCCAACUUUUCUUGUACCAACACUAAUAAUGGCUUUGGAUGAAAUUGUGAGAAAAUGAAGAAGACAAAGAAGGAAUAGAUAUUUAUGGGGGGAUGGGUCUCACGUCUGCAUCUAAAGAGAGGGAGGGAGGAGUGCAAACGAAAAAAAUAAAUACAGAGGUCGCUUAGUUUUUUUUUGUUUUUAUUUUUAUUUUUUAUAUGUAACAUCAAGUUAUUAAGGAGAUGUGGCCUACUUUAGGGCCACACAACUUACCACCCUUAAAAAUAUU